AUGAUAGAUAAUCAUCAUAACCAUGAUGAAAAAUGUAGUCUAGAAAAUUCAGAAGAAAAUAAAAAAAAGUUAACCAUUCCAAAAAAAAAGGAAUCAAUUUUAUGUCUGCCGAAGAGUGAUAAAAGAACAUUUGAUUUUUCCAGAAUUAUCAACGAUGAUAAUAAUUGUGAACAUUUGCAGGAGCGAAGGGAAGAUUUUUUAGAGGAGGAGCAUAGUCUCUUUGGGAAUCCCUCCAACAUGCAUUAUAAGGAAGUCCAUAGUAACUGUUCGAAGCAAAAAUUGGAAAAAAGAAAAACUGAUGUUGUGAAAAAAUACCUCCAAAAUGAUGAUAAGAAAAAGGUAUAUGACGAAAAUGGAUCUCAAAAAAACAAUCAAAAAGAGGAUAAAAAUAAUGAAUAUAAUGAACAUACCAUUUUCCAAGAGACGAUUGGAAGCCCAAGGGUACGAGAAAUCGUUCACAUUGAAAAAUGUAUAAGUAGUAUCGAACAAAGAAAAAAAAAGGAUGCUACCGAAGGAGUAGAAAUGGGAAAAGAAGUAAAAGAGGAAGUAUUAUGUGAAAAACAGAAUGAAAAAAGAAUAGGAACAAACUGUGAAAAAAAUCCUGGAGGUGAUGUAGUAUGUGAAGUUCAAAUCGAAGCGGAGGAUGUAAUGCUUAUGGAAGAGGAGGAGGAUUAUCUGCAAGUUGAAACAGAAGAUGGGUCCCUAAGUGGGACUCUGUAUGGAUCGAUAAAUGGGUCUCAAAAUGGAGUUCAAAAUGAAUGUACAGAUGAAAAGAAAAACGAAAAAUUUGAAACUGUGGUUCCAAACGAAGAAUUAAUUAAUAUAACCAGACUUUACCACACAGGAAUAAACAAAAUAGAAACAAUAAUAGCUUUGUAUCGGUACUAUAAAAACAACUUUAAUCAAAGGUUUAGGGAACAAAUGAACAAAUACAAUCCACUUAUCUACUUAUACAGUAACAACGACUUUGAAAAUCAUAUUAGUGUCGAUUGCAUCAGUUAUAAUGAUAAAAUAAAUGCAAUAAAAAAAGAAAGGUUAUCAAGAUUGGUUCUGUACAUAGAAGAUAUAAAUAAAAUCAAACAAGCCUUAAAAGUUAAACAACUUAAAGAAUUAGAAUUAGAGCAUGAUGAAAAGAAAGAACGUUUUUAUGAUGCCAAUGAGGAUAUAGAAGACUUUUUUAUUUUUGAUAAUGCUAUUUCGUUCAUAAAUAAUGAUGGGGAAACAACAUUUUCUGAAUGUGAAAAUUCUUCAUUUUUCAAGGAUGAUGCAAGUAUAGAUAAUUUCUUAGAUGAAAAUAAAAAUAAAUCAAAUGACGAAUUUAAUAUGUUAAAUUUAUUUAAUCGUUUUUCUUUAAAAAAUUGUUAUAUGUUUAAUAUUAAUAAAAACCUGUGUGCAAUUUAUGCUCGCACACCUAUGAUAAUUAAAAAAUUUGCUGAGAAAAUAAAUUCCUACAGCAAUAACACGGAAAAAAAUGACACAGAAUUAAAUGGCACUAAACAAGAUGACUUAAAUUUUCCGCUCGAACAUAAAAAUAAGGAAAAUUAUAAGUAUUAUUCAGCUGCCACUGCUCGUGAACAUAACCAAAAUCUGGAUGCAUAUAUUCAAUUUCACUGUGAAAAAUGGCAAGAAAAUAUGUAUGAUAUAGUUGAAGUAAAUAGUCUUGAAUUUGAUUUUAAUCGUUUACGAUGUAACAUAAUGUAA